AUGGCAGCCAAUAAAAUUGCUAACAAUGUAUUUGCUGCCAUGUCAGAUAUGCAGGCACUAGAUAGAGUGCGGCCUGGACCCGAUGUGGAUACCCAGUUGGCCCAGCAGCUGAAUAAUCGGUCAAGUCCGCUUUGGAGGUGUGCCGCUGACGAGGAGGUGCCUGGCAUGAUAAAGGUUCGACGCCGUAAAUGUGUAUUGCCACAGGGUGGGCUAGAUCCACGUAUCAUGCAACACAUAGAUGCAGCAGGGUUGACUGGAUUAUUCAAGGUUCCUGAUAUGGAGGUCAACCAUGCCUUGAUCACGGCGUUGGUUGAGCGGUGGCGUUCGGAGACGCACACGUUCCACUUACCCCAAGGAGAAAUGGGUAUCACCUUGCAAGAUAUGGAGGUGAUGCUGGGGCUUCCGGUGGAUGGGUUGCCUGUCACUGGGAAGACAGACUACCAAUGGAGUCAGCUGUGCGAACAGUUGUUGGGCCAUAAACCUCCACCCUCGAUACCAAACUCAAACAAGUCUACCCUUGCUGGGGCGAGGAUAAGAUACACCUGGCUUGAUGCACAGUUUGCCGAUCCCUUAGCUGCGGACGCUGCUGACGAAGUCGUGCAGCAACAUGCCCGCUACCACCUACUUGUACGGAUGGGGGCCCUCUUGUUCAUGGACAAGUCUGCGGACCGGGUCUCACUAGUGCCUCUGCAGUUGCUCAACCCAGUCAGCAAUGCGAGACGGUAUAGCUGGGGUAGUGCAGCAUUGGCCUGGUUGUAUAGGCAACUUUGUGGUGCAUCGAAGAAGGAUGCGAUGCAGAUUGGAGGAGCACUCUUGUUGGUGCAGCUAUGGGCCUAUUCAAGGUUCCCACAAUUAUGCCCUGUUGUGAGGCCGCCUCUACCGCCAGUGCACUCAGGGCCCCUUGCCAUUAGGUGGAGCGGGCCAAAAUACACCGCAGAGCAUGCCACACACGUCCUUGCUGCGUACCGGGCGUCACUGGCUACACUACGGGCCGAGCAGAUUGUAUGGGAGCCGUACACGCAUACGCUGGGCUCCCUACCUGCGUAUUGCACUGCUGGGCAGCAUAUUUGGAGGGCCGAGGUGCCGUUGAUAUUCUUUUGGAUAGUGGAGUGGCAUCAUCCUGAGCGAGUCCUCCGUCAGUUUGGGAUGAAGCAACCAGUUCCAAGUGUCGUGGAUACGUCGACUACCCUUCACAAGAUAUCCUUUCAGGGUAAAUGGGAGAAGAACUGGGAGGUAGAACAUGAUCCCUUUAUUCGGCAAUGGGCCAACCGAGUGAAUGUAGUUUGCGGGUCCGACCUCCUAGACGGUGAUGAUACGUACCUCGUUGAGUACAUGAUGUGGUACAAUCGCCACACAAGGCGGUACAUAACACCAGAGUCUGCGUAUUGGGAACUCAUGGUUCGGACGAUGAUUAGGUCUAUACAGAGGUGCGAUGAAGGUUCUAACAUGCACACUGACCUUACAUUUACACUAGAGCUUGUGGAGGAGCUAGGCCGACUUAAAUUGGCGAAUGCGCUUGCAGAAGCAGUUGACAUUGGUUCACAGGCCCCAGUUCGUGGCGGGCAACGUGGUGGGUCUCGUGGGGGUGGACAUUGUGGAGGUGGUCAAGCUGGUCGCAGCCGUACGACCGAGUCAGCUCCCAUCUACAAGGAAGGGAAUGAGUCGGGUGUAGAAGAGGCAUGGCUUGGCACUGAUUGGGUACUGUCUGAUGACGACGGCAGGACAUCGUGAUGCACGCCUGGCGAUGGUGCUGGGCCAUCGCAUAGCGUCGAUCAUCAGGGCACUGUUCCAGCCUACACUACAUCCCAUGGUGCUAGCACGGACUAUGAGGGCCCUCCUCAUAUGUCGCCCCCAGUUUUCAGUGGAUCUGCCCAUGAUGGUGGAUGCAUAUUUGUCCCCACACCAGGCAUGCCUACCCCACCUCUAGUGCAUGUGGACCCCACCAUGUCAGCUCCAUCUCAAACCCCCCACGGAGAGGCUGUACAGAUUGAGCAGAUACCGGCUGAGGACAUUGAGCCGAUGGAGGCUUUGCGGAGAUCGCAACGCCCGCGUGCGCAUGCUCCCGAUUGCGGGACCGGUGAUGGUAAGAUUAGACCUGUCAGGGCAUAUGGGCGGAAACGAAAAGAUCAUUAAAUGCCUUAGUGUAUGCUUAUACUUCCUGCCUAUAGGUGACUGCAUAGUUACGUUUCACUUUUCUUCUAAAGUAGUAUUUUUUUUAGACCUAACUGCAAUGGUGGACACGAAAAGGCCAUUGAGCCGGAUUGUCCUUGUGUGCUUAUUCUUCAUGUGUAUAAGUGACUGGAAUAAGCAUGCAAAAUGUUCUACUAAUUGGGGAGAAUCUUGGUGGCUGUGCAUCUAUUUCUGGAUCAUUGCUUGCGGAGAAUACUGGCUGUCAAUGUGUUUGUUGUCAAGAAAUUGAUAUUUUGGAGAAAACCCAUAAGGCGUAUUGUAUUUAUUAAUGUAUUAGGAAGUUUUUCUGCACUUGGAGUUUUGAUUGCAAUUUGACAAAUGUCUGGAUUGGUAUUCAUUUGAAGCCAAACUUUCUUGUGUUUUUGUAUGUUGUUAGCUACAGUAAAGUGGGUUGUAAGAGAGUAAUUUGUUUUUUUAUUUUUUAUUUUAUUUUUUGUGAGAAACAAAUGUGUGGUAUUGUUGACAAGCAAGAAGAAGUAAUUUGAUACUUUCUGUAAAAGAGUUUGAUGACGAAGUUUAUGCGGAUCAAUGGCAGAACCAACUCCUUUGUAGCAAAUCAUUUAUCCGAGUCUCUACAAUGCUUGGCUAGGAAUUUUCAUUUUUCCUUGGAGGGAAAUGCAGUUAAGACCAUUGAGCUGACAUAUCAGCUGGCACGUGACUUGUAGGAGAAGAAUGAGGACUUGUCUGCUCUAGAAAAUGGUUCAAGGGUCUUUGAGUUUUUACAAGGGCAUUACACCAAACUUUCCUGAACAAUGUUCUCGUUCGAAGGGAACCAGCCUCCAUCAAAUUGGCCAUCUGUGGGUAAAGUUGAAAUACAUGGUUUGCAGAUCAAAUAUAGGCUGAUGCACUUGUUCUGAGGGGGAUCAGUUGCACAUUUGAGGAAGGGCACAAAAUACGUAUUGUUGGCAGAAUUGGCAGUGGCAAGACCACUCUCAUAGAGAUGAACCUGUUUUGUCCAGUGGAGCUAGCUAGAGGGAAGAUAUAGUAAUGUAUCUAUUGAAACUUGUAGUAUUCCAUGUAAUGUUCACUUUUUACGUAACUUUGAAAUUUUAAGUGUUCAUUUUUUUUUCUAAUUCAGAAUAAUAUUACAAGGUACAUCAUAAUUUUAGGGUUUUAUUUACUGUGUUUGGGAUUCAAGAACCUUUAUAUAGCUGUGUUAUUUGUUUUUU